GAUUCAAUAUAUUUGAUAGAACAGUUAACGCGAGAGUACAGCUUGUAUUCUAAGCGGCAUGACAAGUGUAUACAGAUUGUAAUUUAUAAGUAUGAGUAGAAAACAAACUCCCAGUGAGUUUUUGAAACAAAUCAUUGGCCGACCUGUAGUAGUUAAGCUGAACUCAGGUGUGGAUUACAGAGGUGUCUUAGCUUGUUUAGAUGGAUACAUGAAUAUUGCCUUAGAACAAACAGAAGAAUAUGUGAAUGGACAGUUGAAAAACAAAUAUGGAGAUGCCUUCAUUAGAGGAAAUAAUGUAUUAUAUAUCAGUACACAGAAGAGAAGGAUAUGACCGUCCUGUGAAUGGUUUUAGUGUAGAUAUAUAGAAGUUAUUUGUAUAUAAUAACAUUGUUUCACAUAUAAUAACAUUGUUAUGACAUAACUAAGUUUUAAUGUCAGUAAUUUCAAUGGUACAUCAUCUUUUUUAAAAUCCUCAUUAUUCAUGAUUUUGUUCAUUGCAACCUGUAAAUCUACACACAUAAUCAUGAUAAUAAGGAUAUUCAUUUCAUUGAAAUAUUUCAUUUGAAGGAUCUCAACUUCUUGCAUAAAAGUAUGUUUUUUUGUAAAACUUUUAUGAACAUCUUAUAAAACAUAAAAAGAAUAAAAUAAAAUAUGUACAUGUA